AUGAUUGGAAGGCUCUCAUACAAGGACAUGCAAGUGCUACGAACCACUAUUGAGGGAUACAUGAAGAAUUUUUACGAGAACAAUGCGAAGACAAUGAUUCCUGUUAUUGGUACACCACCGCCUCCGAAGAAGAUCGAGAUUGGAAGAAUCCUGAUCAAAACUGAGAGAGCCGAUCUAUGGCUGCUAGAUGACUUCCAAGGCAAAUCAAUCCCGUUACUCAGGUUGUCUUUGUCGAAUGUGUCCAUCGAUCGACAGUCAGAAGAUCGCCUAGUGUCGAGUUUUGCAUUAUCCGCUGACUACUUCAAUCAACGAGUUUUUGGAUGGGAACCAAUGUUGGAGAAAUGGUCGGUGCUCCGAUUUUUGAUGUCAAAGAAGGAUAACACUCAUAACGUGGAUCUAGUUGCGGAGUCGAGGAGUACUUUGGAUAUCAACAUCACGCAGCAGCUAAUGCAGCAAGCAGUACAGUUCGCGUCUCGAUGGCCUGCUAUUCGCGCAUCCUUCGAGCGUGAUGAUUUUAGGAAAGCUUCUGUGCGAUCGCGAUCCGACCACUUACCGUAUUUGUUCAAAAAUGAGACGGGUUGUGAAGUGAUGUUUAGCACAGCUGUCGAAGACAUCCAAUUGGCCAGAAACCAGCAGCGAAAAGCGACUGUGCGGUGGAUCACUGUUCCCAAGGGCAAGGAACACACAUUCGAGUUCCCUGCACGAUUAUUGUUAUAUUCACAUUCUGAACGUGAGCCUCCCCGCCAGCUAAUAGUUCGCGUGAGUGGGUGGGAUGAGAUCUCGCCAGUGCAUGUAGAUGCUUGUGGCACAUACUUUAGACUAGUUAAAGCCAGCAAGAAGAAUAUGCCAAUGGCUAGGGUUGUUAUCCGAGUUACUAUGGAGAAGGAUGGGAAGAAAGUUGUGGCAGUAAGAUCAUCUAUCGAUAUUUAUAACCAACUACCUCAUGAGCUUGCUGUUUAUAGUAGUGAAGAUGGAAAAGAACUUAUGCUCAUUCCUCCAUCGCAAUCAAAGCCGGUGCCUCUACCUUUCGCUCAUUCUCAGUUUAUGGUCAGACCUGAAGGUUGCGAAGUGCAUGAAAAGUCAAAGCCGGUGCCUCUACCUUUCGCUCAUUCUCAGUUUAUGGUCAGACCUGAAGGUUGCCAAGUGCAUGAAAAG